AUGCCUACACUGUCUGCCCGCCACCAGCCGGAGCAGCAGGAACUGUUGGAGCUGGAGAGUCCCGCGUUCGCGGUCGUCUCGACCGACCACUCGUACCGUGCGAGCAGCCUUGGCAAGCCGAACGCAAUCGUGCGCCCGCUGCGGCACGGUCGGGAGCAGCGGGAGGUGAUCGAGGGACAGCACAUCGUCAAUCUGCACCCGGACUACAAGCUGCUGCACGAGAUCGAAGCACAGCUCAGCCGGAAAAACAAGGAUAGCGCGAACGUCGUGCACAGCGGCGGUCCGGUCCGUGAUCGGGGCGAUCUAGCGAAGCAGAAUCCGGUGCAGCACCGACCCAACUACGGACCGGGUGCAAUCGAGAUCGAAACCGGACCGGACCGUGGAAAUCGGCAGCAUGAGUUUAGCCGCGAGCUGGAUGCCAAGCUGAGAAAGCUGCAAAAUGAUUCCUCGAAGCGAUCGUCCAAAAAUGGCAGCACACAGGAGGUGAACGUUAGGAAGCGUCCGCUGUUCAUCACGACCGUCCCGAAGGGUGUGUUUCUGCAGCCCACCAAAGAGCUCCCGCUACUGCUGCCCGGUUCCAGCCAACGCCGCCUGUACGCGUUCGAGAGCCGGCCAAGAAUCCUGACGGCUCCCAGCCUCAGCAGCAACAACAACAACAACAACGACAUCAAUCAUCCGAACCACAACCAUCCGGGCGAGUACGUCUGCAAGCACGGUAGCCACCAUUACGGUAAACCGCUAGCACCAAGGAUAGCCCAACACGCCGCAGGUGAUGCGGACGUCGUGCGGAAGGUGGCUGUGACGGAACUGCAAUCGAUCGGCAACGGUCAACACCAGCGAUCCGGUCCACAGUGCAACCGCCCGGCAAGAGACCAACAGCAGCAAGCACAAAAUGGAGCCUAUCAGAAUGUGAUGCACGAUCGACGGGUUAUCCGGGGCAGUAAUUACACCUCAACAAGCAACCUGCAAGUGGGACAUGUUAACAACUCCCCUAACAUGCCCCGGUGGAAUCCAUAUUUCGGUUACGCUGGUCUUCUAUCAGGAAAGGGCGAUGGUGAUGGCACGCAGAAGGAGGCCGAAGCACGGCGACGACAGAUGCUGCGUAAGAAGUAUGUUUCCCGCAAUCAGCGUGGAGUUAUUGGAACGCCGCCACCCGUCCGUGGCCGACGGCAUGAAACGGUCCAGACUGAAAAAUAUCUAGAGGAGCUCUUCCUCCAUCCUCCCGAGCUCGAUGCCGGUUGCCAGACGGAUCUAUUUCUGCACCGGCCCCCAUCGCCACCGUACGUGCCGGCCAAGACCGGUUGCGAUGCGUCCACCGAGAUACUGGACGGUGAGUUGUUCGAUUUCGACGUCGAGGUACAACCGAUCAUCGAGGUGCUGGUCAGCCGGACUCUCGAGCAGGCGCUGGUCGAGGUGCUGCACGAGGAGGAAAUAGCCGAGAUGAAGCAGCAGCAGCAAAAGAUACUGGCAUUGCGUGAGGCCGAGCUGGCCGAGCUGAGGCGCCUGGAGCAGGAAGAACAGAAGCGCCAAGCCGAGCGGGACAGACGUUUCCUGCAGGACAAAAUUGCGCGCGAUCUGGAUCUCGAGAUGCAGGAGCGCAUCACCGCCGCUAAACUGCUGCAGGGACGGCUCGACGAGAUCGUGCCGGAUGUGUUAGCCGCCGUCGACAAGAUCGAGACGGAGAAGGAUCGGGCCGAGUUUGAGCGGCAGAUAACUCCAUGGCUGGCGAAGGAGGUUGCGCACGAAGUUGGCCAGUGGAUCGAUGCGAACGCGUUGCUCGAGGAUAUAAUACGUGAAAUCUUGCAGCACAAAAAGAAACUGCUCCAAGCGAAUGAGGACCUCACUGCCGAAGAGCAACAGUACGAUGAGGUUGAUCCGGACGAAACGGUAGACGAACCGGAGCCUGCUGCUGCCGAUGGUGAACCGUUACAGGAUCGUGAGGUGGCGGAAUCAGUACCGGAGCAGCCAACAGCAGGUGAAGCUCCCAACAGUGAUUCCGAGAAUGCAAUGUGA